AUGUCAAAUCUUCGAACACACGAGAGUCCUAUGGACUUUGAAUGGCAAACCCUGGGCCCGGCGGACGAGUCCUCUCCGUUUCAUCGGUUGGCGGUAAACCAUAGACAGAAGAGUCAGCAAGGAGGCAGUGCUGAAGAUGAUGGAGCAUUGGGAAAGAAACGCUCUCGGAGCAUUUUCGACUCGCCUUCGAAGCCUUCGGCUCCAUCUUUACGAGAUCCCAACUCACAACCGUUCCUCUUCUCCGGCACUCCGGGAGUAAAACUACCUCCUGCUUUCCGAAACCCUGCAUUUACGACCCCGCGCAAAUUUGACGUGGACAUGUUCUCGUCUGGAGCAGAAAAUGCUUCCUCGCCCGAACAAGCAGAUGCCGAGGACACACCGGAGCCAACUCGAACUUCAAACACGGCUACUGCGACCGCUGAAGCCUUAUGGCUGAACGGCAAUCAGAACCAGUUCUCGAACGUAUUUGGUGUUCCAACAGAGAAGAAAAAGGAGACAUUCCUUGACAAGCUUCGCACCACCACGACGAGUCUCGACCAUGGUGACUCCCGCAAACAAUACUAUAACAACGGCAUUCUCAAACGCGUACAACGAAGAAGACGCCGUGACGCCGAACGAGAGCAUCGCCUAACCCAUCGGCGACAUGACAGUUAUGAAUCCGACUCCGAUGAUGUGCGUGGCCGCAGACGAAUCAGUUCAGAUCAUCGACAACUUCGAAACCAAGACGCACCGUCAUCCGCCAAACAAGCUGUAUUGAGCUCGGUUUUCGCAUUCAUCGAAAAUCAUCCCAAUUUACCACACAUUCUUUCCUUUUAUGCCCAGCUACUGCUAAACGUCUUCCUUGUCUUCUUCUUCAUAUACAUUAUAUGCGCUUUCUGGUCGACCAUUCGCAAUGAUGUUGACAAGAAGAGCGAAGAAAUUGCUGCAGAGACACUCGCAGAAAUGUCCGUCUGCGCGCGCAAUUACGUCGACAACAGAUGUGAUGGCCCCAAUCGGGUCCCUGCGGUAGAAACAAUCUGCAACAACUGGGAGCGAUGCAUGAACAGGGACCCGAAUCUCGUCGGCCGCGCACGAGUUUCUGCUCAUACUUUUGCCGAAAUCUUCAAUUCUUUUAUCGAACCCAUCUCUUAUAAAGCUAUGUUCUUCACCCUCUUCCUUGUUUUCGGAUGCUUUGGCAUCUCCAAUUUUGCAUUCGGCUUCUUCCGGAACAAGGCCCUAGCAUCUCUCAAUGCCGCCGCACCGUUUAUGCAUGCUCCUCAACCUCAAUAUCACCCUCCCCAACAACAACACCCAGGGCCGUCCGCUUUCUUCAAUCGUCCUUAUGAUGGCUAUACUCACUUUCAAGAGGCUCGCGAGCCCGGUCCAAGUGGAUAUCCACUCGGACCCGGGCAUGAGCCGUAUGGUUUACCGCCUGCUGCCUCGGGAAGAGAUGGGAAACCAAAUGUAGAUGAGAGUCCUGUCAAACGGCUGACAUAUCAUUGA